AUGGAUCUGCGUAAAGUCAUCGCCGAGCUGGAGCUGAAGCAGCGUGACGAGAAGUGGAAUGGCGAGUCGAUUGAGGUGUUGGAACGCAAAGAAGAAAAGGCCCGCAACAUCAUCGACACGGCCACCCAGAAAAUAGGCGAAGAGACCGGAAAGGGCCGAGAGAUUGAGGGAAAUAUUGCCAAGCUGAGUGUCGAGCUGAAAUCGGAUAAGUACCGACAAAUCGAGCAGCGCCUGAAGAAGAAGCUGGUGGAGAAGGUGGUGGCAGAGUAUACGAAAGAGGACCUAACCGACUACGCGCAACGCAUGGAAGGUGCCCUCAUGAAAUUCCAUCAAGAGAAAAUGGAGGCCGUCAACGAAAUUCUCGAAAAUCUGUGGCGCCGCGUCUACCGUGGCACCGAUAUUGACACCAUUCAAAUCCGCUCGGAGAUGUCGGGCACCGGCUCGCGCUCCAAGUACGACUACCGCGUGAUGAUGGUGCUCGACAACAAACUCGAGCUCGAGAUGCGCGAUCGGUGUUCCGCCGGACAAAAGAUGCUCGCCUCGAUCCUGAUCCGCAUCGCCCUCUCCGACGUCUUCGGCGGCCAGUGCUCGAUUCUGGCGCUCGACGAGCCGACGACAAACCUUGACGUGCAAAAGAUAGACGACAUGGCCGAGAUGCUCGUCGACCUGAUCAACGCCCGCAGCGUGGAUGGCGGCGACAGGGCCGCCAGGGCCUUUCAGUUGAUCAUCAUCACCCACGAUGAGAGAUUCGUCUCCACCCUCCGCCGCCAUGCUCGCCCCGAGAUCAUCUACCACGUGGCGAAGGACGUCAACGGAAAAAGCCGGCUGACCCAGGAGCGGAUGAAUGCC